CACGUCGGCACAUGUUCUGCAAAUAGUCGCAAUAGCAGACGAACAACUAUUUGCACGAUUGUUUUGUUUUGCUCCACUAUGGCGGGAAAGCAUCAAUGGGAUGAUUUAGGUUAAGCAGUUUAGUUGCAAGUGUCAGAGUCAUUUAUUUUUUGACGAGAAAUAGAAACACAAAACCCCCGUUCGAGCAGUCUGGAAUGAAAUUGAAAUAAAAUAAUUUCUGCUGACUCGUAGUUGACAAUGAAGCGGUCUACUAAUGUUAAAAAGAAUCCAAAUCAAAGAAGCAUUUCAUCGUUCUUUACCCCCGCGUCCUCACCGAAAGUUGGAAAGACAUCUGUAACAUGUACUUCUUCUACCCCUGCUGCGUCCCAUACACCCUCAUCCACCAGCAACCUUACUUCUGAAUCAAAAGUUUUAAGUACAUCAGAAAAUGAAAAAACUAGACCUUCCUCAUUAAGCCCCCUUAAGAAUUGCACGCCCUCCAAGAAAAGAAAGCUUGAGUUGUCUCACAUAAGCUCCGCUGAUAGGAAGAACAUAUCGCCUCCAGCAAACGUUCCAAAUGUGAGCCUGUCAAAGAAAAGUAAGAGACUGUCCUUGAAUUUUAAAUUGUCACCUGAUGUUGGGAAGGCAUUUAUAGAUACUCAAAGUAAAAAAUCACCUGUCAAAAUAGACAAACCCAUUCACAAAGAAGAAAAUGAUCUGAACAUACUUCGAACGCCUGACAUGCCUAAACAUGAUUCCCCCAGUUCUCUAAGGCGUGAUGUUAAAGAACGUUGUGAUUUAAUUUCACUGUCCCCUGCUAAGCGCAAUAUCACACCUGAGAAGAAGAGCCAGGUUGAAACUGUUACAUCAAAGAAAUUUGUGAUUUCACCAAUAAAAACAGAAAAUGAUGAGGUAUUGAAAAGCAUAUUACAAGAUAUAUCUCCAAUGAAGUCUGAUUCCAAAGUCUCAGCUCCUAGAAAGAAGCCCUCCAAGCUACGAACUUCAAGUCUUUUUUCUUUACAAAGUGUUGGUACCACCAGUACUCUUCCAGAAAGAGGAGCGACUAAUGGCACCUCAAAACCAUCUCUGAAGAAGAGCUCCUCAUCUAGUUCACUUUCUGAUACACCAGAACUGAAGUACCCGGCUUUAGAUAUUCGGCCAAAAACAUUGAGGCGAAAAUCUACGGAAGACUUCCUUUCUUCUAACAAGGACAGCUGUUCCCCACCAAAACUUACCUCUUGUGCAAAUUCCCCAGUGAAGCCAAGAAAAAUUCUGAGCUCUCCAGUUAGACGAUCUCCUCGAAAGAUAGCUUCUUUAUCAACCACUUUGCAGGAUGAGAAAAAAACAACUAAAGUGGAAACUCCGCCUUUCUUAGCAGAGGAGCUUCGAAUACUAGAUAAGGAAAAUAAAAUUGAUAGCCAGGCAGCUCCUCGCAGGUCACCCAGAAAACAUAUCAGUACAUCUCCCACUGUCAAAAAGACGAUUGGGAGCAAUUCUCCAGCUAAAGGAACCCCAAAAAGUUUUCCAUCCAAGCCUCAAACUACAACUCUAACUGAAUCAAAUGAGUUUCAUGACAUUGAAGCUGUAUUUCAAGAUGAUUUUGAUGAUGUGUUGUCCCUUAUGGAUAAAAUGAAUGAGGAAGAAUUAUCUCCAUUGGACCUUCGUGAAGCCCAGCUUUGUGAGGUGGUAUCCAUAAGUGUUGAGAUCCCUUACAAAGAAGUAAUCAUACACGUCAAAAGCAUUGGAAACAAAAGUGUUGCCUCCUGUAGAGUUCGCGGUUGCUGGUUGGGCUGCCCAGUUUCAGAAGGAGACUGUAUCAGUUUGGAAGCUGUCAGGGUUAAAGAUGAAUGGCUUCUGGAUAAUACUCAAGGAUUUCUUGUUUUACACCCAGACACUUUAAUUUCUGGUACAACAGUUGUUGGUUCACUCUUCUGUGCUCGGCGUUCUGUCCUUAGUAGUCUAUUUCGUGGCAUGGACAGUGACUCACCAAUAAUGGUAAUUGGCAGUAUUGUUCAUGAGCUGUUUCAAAUGGUACUUCAACAAAGAAAACGCACUGAACCUGAAGUGAGGCAACUAUCGGAACAGCUUAUUUCUUCAAAGAAUUGUGUUUCAAUGAUGUAUGCGGCCAACAUGACCAUGGCUCAGAUGCAGAAAGAACUUUCUGGCUUUAUUCCACGUAUUGUGAACUUUGUUGAAAAAUUUGUUGAGAUUCCUAAGCCAGUCAGGAAAGAUAGAAAAGGUGCGUGGCUUGGAGCUCCUGCUUCAUCCUGUGAAAAUCCAAUUCGAGCAUUUAAGGGGGAAAAUAGAGGAGCAAAAGAUUUCAAUGGUAAAAUAAUAGGUAUUCGAGACAUUGAGGAAACACUCUGGGAGCCAAAACUAGGCAUUAAAGGCAUGGUGGAUGUAUCCGUUGAAGUUCAAGAUACACAUGGAAACAAGAAGAUAAUGCCUCUAGAGUUAAAAACCGGAAAGGCUUCAUUUUCUGCCGAACAUCGUGGACAAGUUACCCUUUACACUAUGAUGAUGUCAAGGAUGGGCCAGCCUGUUGAAUCUGGUUUAUUAUUGUAUCUUCGGGAAGGACAAAUGCAGGAGGUAUCAGUCUCCCGGAAUGAAAGCAAGGACCUCAUUCUACUUCGAAACACUAUGGCACACUACUUGAAGCCUAGAGCUCCUGUUAUAAAUGAGGAGACUGGCCACUUCUUUCCACCUAAGCUACCUGAGCCUAUUAGUUUCAGAAGUGCUUGUGAGAAGUGUCCCUACGUUACACUUUGCUCCACAUUUUUAAAGGAAGAUGGGUUGUCAGCAAUUUCUUCAGACCAUCCAAUGGUUUCAAUAGCUUCAUCAUCAACUGAACAUGUAUCCAAACUCCACUCAGACUAUUUCCUCCAUUGGAUGAGUUUGCUUCUCAUGGAAGAUAUGGAACAAAUGAAGACUGCUAAUUUGAGAUAUAUUUGGAGGUUUACACCCAAGGACAGGGAAAAAGGCCGAAAAGCUAUUACCAAUCUACGCCUGUUAAAACCAGGGGUAGAAGUAGCGGGGAAGUUCCAUCACACAUUCACCCGAGAUGUUUCUGGUGCUGAGAUUUGUGAUUUGAGGGACCUUGGUCUAAGUGCUGGUGACUACAUACUGAUUAGUACAAACAAACGUGUAGCUAUUGAGCGUGGUAGCAUAAUUGAUAUAGAUGCUUCUUGUGUGAGAGUUUCUACAAACAGGAACCUAUUUGAGCGGUAUGCACAUGAAACAUUUCACCUUGAUGCCAGUGAAUCCAACACUGUCUUGGUGUUUAAUUUAACAAAUCUGGGGUGCCUGCUAGAUAACAAUGAAUCUGCUGAGCGACUUCGCAAAAUAAUCAUUGACAGUUGUUUCUCAUUUAUUCUCUCCAUGUGUAUUUCAUCACCUACAUUGAACCUCUUGUUAAAAAUUUUACUGAUCAAACCACUUUUUUGUCAGGUUAUGAUCCGGGCUCGGUUGCUGCGAGAAAAUGGACAUUAUCUACCUCGUUCGUCCUUUGUAAUGCGUCGCCAUUUUUUCAACAAUGAAGAAACUGGUUAUUUCAAAACUCAGAAAAGACAAGCUGUAUCUCAAAACCCAAUGACUGAUCCAAGUAUGAUGACAGAGAUGUUAAAGGGAAAUAUUACUACAGUUUUACCCAUGAUUGUUAUUGGUGGAUGGAUCAACUGGACAUUCUCAGGCUUUGUUACCACAAAAGUACCAUUCCCCCUUACUUUAAGAUUUAAACCUAUGUUGCAAAGAGGAAUUGAGCUUGUAUCUCUAGAUGCUGCUUGGGUUUCCUCUGCUAGUUGGUACUUUCUCAAUGUUUUUGGUUUAAGAAGUAUUUAUACUUUAGUCUUAGGUGAGAAUAAUGCUGCUGAUCAGUCUCAACAUCUCCAGGAUCAAAUGUCAGGUGCAGCAAUGGCUAUGCCGCCUGAUCCAAAAGUUGCAUUUAAAGCAGAAUGGGAAGCUCUUGAAAUUUGUGAACACCGGUGGGCAUUAGAAAAUGUAGAAAGUAUUCUUUUAGGAUAUACUGUAUAUGGCUACUUUGUUCUUUCCUCAGGUAAAACUGCGACAAUGGUAGCUUUGGUCCAACUCUUGGUCCGUGCAGGGUUAUCUGUAUUGGUAACUAGUCAUACCCAUUCUGCUGUUGACAAUCUAUUGGUGCGCUUGAAGAAGGUAGGAUUGAAAUUCCUACGACUUGGACCAGAUUCACGCAUUCAUCCUCAUGUUCUGUCAUUCUCUGAGACUUCACUUACAAAGCAUUGUAAUAGCCCUGAGGACUUGGAUAAAGUAUAUAGUCAGCAGCAAAUUGUUGGUGUUACAUGUCUUGGAGCUGGACAUGCAUGUCUAUCCAGACGUGUAUUUGACAUUUGCCUUGUUGAUGAGAGCACUCAGGUCCUUCAACCUUCUGUUCUGCGCCCAUUGUUUAAUGCUCGUCGGUUUGUCCUGGUGGGCGAUCCAGAGCAGCUUCCGCCCGUGGUGAAAUGUCAUCAAGCGCUGGAACUUGGACUUUCUGAGAGUCUUUUUGCUCGAUUGGACUCAGAAGCAGCAACUGUCUCAUUGACAUUGAAUUAUCGGAUGAACCAAGUCAUCACAGAUUUAGCCAAUAGUCUCACUUAUGAAGGGAAACUAAAGUGUGGAAAUGAUAAAGUUGCUAAUGCCACUCUUCAUCUAGCAUCACCUGCCAAGGUUCCUGAGGAGUCGUGGCUGGCUGCUUCAUUGUCAACCGAUAUUGAAAAGUCUGCUAUAUUUAUCGAUACUUGUGGAGCCUCUCCAAAACUAAAUGUGGAAAAUGCUCAGAGUUCUGAAAGUAAUGGAGAAUCCUCAUGUUCCAAUCACUUUGAGCUGUCACUUGUUAUGAAACUUUUAUAUACUUUUUUAAAUAAUGGAGUAAACACUGAAGGUAUUGGUGUCAUGGCACCAUACCGGGCCCAAGUUUCCUUAUUAACACAAGCGAUCAAGUCUGAUCCCAAACUAUCUGAAAUUGAAGUGAAUACAGUAGAUCAGUUUCAAGGCAGAGACAAAGAAGUGGUUGUGUAUUCGUGUACAAGAUCGGAUGGUGCAUCCCAGAAGCAAGCUAAGGAACGAGGAAUUUUGAAUGACAAAAGGCGCUUGACCGUAGCUAUCACAAGAGCUAAACACAAGUUGGUUUUAGUUGGCCACAGCCAAACUCUUAAGGUUUAUGCACCCUUUGAAAAAUUGCUCUCAUGUAUACCUAAGAAUAAUAUUAUACCUGUUGAUCUCUGACCGUUUAUUCUGGUUUCAUGUGAUAUAAGUAGGAUUAAUUGUGUAAAAUGCAUUUGAAACUCUUUAAUUUCUUUUAUUGUUUUUAUUUGAAGAAUGUUGUAGCAAAUUGCCUGUUUUGUUUGAAUGCUGAAUGUACAUAUAUAUUUGAUGAAAUUCAUUAGACCAUUAAAUCUGUUUUGCUCGAGAAA